CUCUUUAUUUAUCCAUAAUCUUUGGUUGGCUAAAACCAUUUCCAUUUGCAACGUCCUCCGCCAUAGCCUGGCUGGCGCGACUAAAGUGGCUAAUAGCGCAAAGAGAGAUGUACUUCGAGGUGUUUUAGCCUGACUGUCUUCGCCCCGUCAGAACAUAUUUCAAUGCAGAUUCAGGCGCGCAAUAGUGGAUCUCCCGUAGGCUACCUCGUGUGAAGCACAAACUAUACAUUCGAAAUUGACAAUAGAACGCAUGUUGUGUAACCAUUUCACUCUCAAACAGGACAUUCAAUGGCCGAGAUUUAUUUCCCAAGUCGGCAUUGAGCAAUUCCGUACAUGCGCUAUUGGGCUAUAGGAUUUUGGGGUAAACGAAUCCAAGUGGACCGCGUAGAAAUAGCUUGUGGAUGUUAUCCUAAUACCUUGGGCAAUGUGCAUUGAACUGUGCUAUUUGGAUAUAGUUAAAAUACACUGGAUAAGACACCAUCCAUUCGCAGUGCUAUCAAUAGGCUAUAGCGAAGAGGAAAAAUGCUGUGUCACAUUUGGAGGCCACUCACGCGCAUCCCGUGCCAGCCAGUCUGAGCCAGCCAGUGCAUGCGCCCAGUGCGCCAUCGAUGAUGUUGUGGGAUAUAUCCAGUCUGGUCGACUAAACCGGCGAUGUAUUUACCACGCUAUGUGUUAUAACAUUUUUAAAAUCGACAUAGGCACAUACAGCCACUGGACUUUUCAUUCAAUCUAUGUAGCCUACAGUAGCGCUGGUGAACAUUAUGUUCUAUGUAGGAGGAGGUGGUGGGUAGCCUAUGCAAUUUCAGUUGUCGACGUACUGAUCCCAUUUUGGAACACAUGAUGUUUACUCUUACCGAGGUAGCCGCCCUGAAUGACAUCCAGCCAACCUAUCGGAUCUUGAAACCAUGGUGGGACGUCUUUAUGGACUACCUGGGGGUCGUCAUGCUGAUGCUGGCCAUAUUUUCUGGAACCAUGCAGUUAACCAAAGACCAGGUUGUUUGCCUUCCCAUCCUGGAACCAGCUUCAGAGGAUCCCAGCGGCUUCACAACACCGCAGCCAGCGGAGGGGUCUGGUUCUGGGACAGGGAACGGAGGAAGUAGGGGGACGCUAGACGCCGCUCCCCUAGUGACUAAGGAUCUACCGGAUAGUGUUGUUCAUCAGAUUCACUUUACACAUUCUGGUGGUGUUGGACAGCAGCCUCUGCCAACAGGCGUCAGGACAAACCUGGACUUUCAGCAGUAUGUUUUUGUCAAUCAGAUGUGCUACCAUGUCGCCCUGCCGUGGUAUUCUAAAUACUUCCCAUACCUUGCUCUCAUACACACCAUCGUCCUCAUGGUCAGCAGUAACUUCUGGUUCAAAUAUCCAAAGACUUGUUCGAAAAUAGAGCAUUUUGUGGGGAUUCUGGGGAAGUGUUUUGAGUCUCCUUGGACGACCAAGGCAUUAUCUGAGACGGCAUGUGAGGACUCAGAGGAGAAUAAGCAAAGGCUCACUGGUGCCCCUUUCCUGCCAAAACAUAUCUCAACCAGCAGUGAAGAGGGAAGUCCUAACCAGUCCACCCCGAUGCUGGCUAAGUCUGGGGUCAAGUUCACUGCUGAUAAGCCUGUCAUUGAAGUCCCAUGCAUGACCAUACUAGACAAUAAAGAUGGAGAGCAGGCCAAGGCCCUAUUUGAAAAGGUUAGGAAGUUCCGUACCCACGUGGAAGACAGUGAUUUGAUCUACAAGCUCUACGUUGCCCAAACAGUGAUCAAAACUGUGAAGUUCAUUUUGAUCUUGUGUUACACAAUGACGUUUGUUGCUGCCAUUGACUUUGACCAUGUGUGUGAGCCUGACAUCAAACAUUUAACUGGAUACACUAAAUUCCAAUGCACACAUAACAUGGCAUUCAUGUUAAGGAAGCUGCUUGUCAGCUAUAUUUCCCUCGUCUGUAUAUACGGCCUCAUCUGUAUAUACACACUCUUCUGGCUCUUUCGACGACCUCUCAAGGAGUACUCUUUCGAGAAAGUCAGAGAGGAGAGUAGCUUCAGUGACAUUCCUGACGUGAAGAACGACUUUGCAUUUCUCUUGCACAUGGUCGAUCAGUACGACCAGCUGUACUCUAAGCGUUUUGGCGUCUUCCUCUCUGAAGUCAGUGAGAACAAGCUGCGGGAGAUCAGCUUGAAUCACGAGUGGACAUUCGAGAAACUGAGACAGCAUGUAACCCGCAACGCUCAGGACAAACUGGAGCUCCAUCUCUUCAUGCUGUCAGGUUUGCCAGACGCUGUCUUUGACCUGACAGAUCUGGAGAUCCUGAAGCUGGAACUGAUCCCAGAAGCCAGGAUAACAGCCAAGAUCUCCCAGAUGAUCAACAUUCAGGAGCUACACUUCUACCACUGUCCUGCCAAAGUCGAGCAGACCGCGUUCAGUUUCCUUCGUGACCACCUCCGGUGCCUUCAUGUCAAGUUUACGGAUGUAGCCGAGAUCCCCACUUGGGUGUACCUGUUGAAAAGUCUGAGGGAACUGUACUUGGUCGGGAAUCUGAAUUCUGAAAACAACAAGAUGAUCGGCUUAGAAUCUCUCAGAGACCUGAGGCAUCUAAAGAUUCUGCAUCUAAAAAGCAAUUUGACGAAGGUCCCGACCAACAUAACAGAUCUCUCUCCACACCUGAUCAAGCUGGUGGUACACAAUGACGGUACUAAACUCCUGGUACUGAACAGUUUGAAGAAAAUGAUGAAUCUAGCUGAACUAGAGCUUCACAACUGUGAACUGGAGAGGAUACCCCAUGCUAUUUUCAGUUUGACCAACCUGCAGGAGCUGGACCUGAAAUCCAACAACAUUCGCACCAUUGAGGAGGUCAUCAGCUUCCAGCACCUCAAGAGGCUGAUCUGCCUCAAACUGUGGCACAAUAAAAUCAUUACCAUUCCAUUGUCAAUAAGCCAUGUCAAAAACCUUGAGUCCCUCUACCUUUCGCACAAUAAACUUGAAUCUUUGCCCAUACCCUUGUUUAACCUGCUCAAGCUGAGGUAUCUGGACAUUAGCCACAACUCCAUAGUGGUGAUUCCGCUGGAGAUUGGUUUCAUGCAGAACCUCCAGCACUUUGCCAUUACAGGCAACAAGGUGGAGGUAGUACCCAAGCAGCUGUUUAAGUGCACCAAACUGAGGACACUAUGUCUGGGACACAAUUGUAUUGCCGUCCUUCCAGAGAGGAUCAGCAAUCUGGUGCAGCUAACAAACCUGGAGCUGAAGGGAAACUGUCUGGACCGCCUGCCGCCCCAGCUAGGCCAGUGUCACCACCUCCGCAGGAACUGCCUGGUGGUGGAGGACCACCUGUUUGACUCACUCCCCCUAGAGAUCAAGGAGAGUAUCAAUCAGGAAGCCAACGUGCCCUUUGCUAAUGGGGUGUGAGUGUGGCAGGACAGUGACAGUCACUUUACCCAUACAGGAAUGGGAUUACAAAAAUGAGACAACUGUCCACAGUCAAUGUUUUUAAUUACAACAUGUGAACUGAAAGAAAGGUUUUUGCUCAGGGCUGACUCAUCAUGAAAGAACAGAUUAUGUUUUAAACGGGUAGAAAAUGGCACUGUGCUCACUCAUUAUGAAAGAAGAUCCCAGGUACUCUGGAAAAAGCCAUAAGUAUGGUCUAGUUCAAGAAAUGGUAGGUUAGUUCCAGAGUGAUGGUCUGGUUCCAGAGUGAUGGUCUGGUUCCAGAGUGAUGGUCUGGUUCCAGAAUGAUUGGGUGGUUCCAGAGUGAUGAGCUGGUUCCAGAAUGACAGGCUAGUUCCAGAAUGAUGGACUGGGGUGUAAUCAUUAGUCCAAACAGUUGCAAAACAGAACAUUUUGCAACUAAAACUAGUGUUUCUAUUGGACAAUUCAGGUAGGUCCCCGUUUCAUUCCAUUUGCUUCUGUUAAAGAAAUGUUUUGCAACAGAACCGGCGUAAUGACUACAUCCCAGGUUCCAGAAUGAGGGGCUAGUUCCAGAAUGAGGGGCUAGUUCCAGAGUGAUAGCUAGUUCUAGAAUGACGACCAGGUUUGUGUUAGACCACAAAAUUAUUAGUCAAUGUUCUGAGGAAAAUGGAUGCUCCUCUUAAUUAUGGAACAGAGAAUGGUGGUGUGGAAUUUAUAGACGCGAGGGAUAUAUGUUCUGAUGAGAUUUUAUGUUUGUUUCUUUUGUUUUCUUUAUGUUUUAUAGUGUAAUAACACAUUUUAUGGAACGCCGUUUGGUUCUUUGUGUGUCAAAAAAGAUGCACGUCAAAUAACACUGUCCUGUCAAAUAACACUUUUUGUCGUGUCAAAUAAGCUUGUUGACCAAUCAGGACUGGAAUAUGACUGCACGUCACAUAAAUUUAACAUGUUCAUAAUUUAUUUAACGUAGUUAUUACACAUUGAUUACACUAUCACUCGUAUUUCAUAUGACACAACGAUUCAUCGAUACGUAUGCUAUGAUGCUACAGUACAGUGCUGGUCAUAAAAAAAGCUAGCUAGCUCAUGGAUGCAAACAAUGUCUUCCCC